AUGACCCAAGACACCAAAACUUCCCAACCCAUCCAGGGUACCAACCACGAGGAGGUGGAACAAAUCGAGACCUUGUCCCCACGGGGAAACGACCAUGUGAACGAGAAAAACGACAUCAGAGAACAGACGACAGCAGCAGAACCCGAGUAUGUAACCGAAUAUGACGAACAAGUCAACCUAAGUUGGCGAUCAUGGAUGGUCGUGUUGGUCUCUUGUUUCGCCAUUGUUGCGCAGGUCUUUGUCGUCACGGGUGCAGGCUCGGUUAUAGCGUUCAUAAUUCGUGAUUUGGGCAGGGAUAGUCCCGACGCCGGCGCGCUUGCUGGGUGGAUUAUUCAGGGCCCUCUCCUGAUGCAAUCUGUAUUGUCACCUAUCGUGGGACGACUGAGCGACGUCCUCGACAGAAAAUAUAUUGCCUCUGUGCCUCCUCUGAUUGCGUUCGUGGGUGCCGUUAUCUCCGCAAAGGCUACUUCUAUCGGUAUGUUGAUUGGCGGCGGUAUACUCAUUGGUGCAACGCUCGCGACAAUUGCGAUUGUGCAAUCCAUUCCAAGUGAGAUUUUGCCAUUGAAGCAUCGGGCUUUGGCGAAUGGGUUUGCUUAUAUGGGUGGUGCUAUUGGUGGAAUAUCAGGUGGUUUAGUAGCCGGUGCAGUAACAGAAGCAAACCCAAGCGGAUGGCGAGAUAUCUUCUGGAUCCAGGCUGCCUUACACAUUGCUACAACCGCUGGACUUUUGUUAUUCUAUCAUCCAACCCGCCGAUCCGACUACCCCAGAAUGUCAUUCAAGGAACAUUUCUGGGCCUGUGAUCCUAUCGGCUCUCUCAUGUUUAUUGCCAGUGUGACAUGUCUGCUGUUGUCCCUGAAUUGGGCUGCGGGAUUAUAUGCUUGGGCUGAUGUGCAUGUUGCGGCUCCCCUUGGUGUUGGCCUGUUUCUGUUUGUUCUUUUUUGUUUAUACGAAUGGAAAGGCAGAGAUGACGGCCUAGUAGCCCACGUCUUCUUCCAAGGUUCCCCGAACUUCGCUCUAUCGGUCUUUGCCUUUGCCGUCGAAGGAUGGAUCUUUUACAGUGCCGUCACAAGUGUCAUCCCACAGGUUACUCUAUACCUUGGCUUUGAGACGAGUGCCCUGCGCAUUUCUAUCCGAGGUUUGGCUUACAAUGCUUCGGCAGCUCUCUGCUCCAUGGUGAUCACAUGGUACUCGACCAGAACAAAAGAUCUCAAGUGGCCGUUGGUUGUUACCUUUGGCUUCUUUUUGGUCGCAACAAUCACCUACACCGUGAUAACGCCCGCCAUGAGCAAAGCCCAAAUCGGUUUCAACAUCCUAAUCGGUAUUGGUCUCUCCGGACCCUUGACUUUGCUGGUUGCUCUCGUCCAAUUCACAGCACCCCACCGCCAUCUCUCCACAGCCACCGGUCUCGCGUUCUCCGCUCGCGCAGUUGGCGGCGCAUUUGGUUCCGCCGUCCUCGACGCCAUCAUCAAUGGCGUGUUACGUAAUACAUACGCAUCCAAAGUCAGCACUGCUGCUGUUGAUGCUGGACUGCCCGAGUCAGGCAUCUCUGCCCUUCUAGCCGCCAUGUCUGCGGGGACAGCAUUGACCUCUGUCCCUGGUGUGAAUUCAACUAUUGCCGCGGCGGCCGAAAUCGCGAGUGAAAAUGCGUAUGCGCAUGUAUACCAUUUGGCGUGGGCGAGUAUUAUUCCCUUUGUGGUGUUGGGCAUUGGGUCGGUGUUGUGUCUGAAGGGUGUUAAGCACUUGAUGACUGAGAAAAUUGAGGCGACCGUUGAGCAUACGCCGGUUAAUGAUGUUGAGAAGCCGUUGUAA